AAGGAAAAGUAAACCCUAAUUCUCUCCACCUUUCUUCCCUCCUUUCUCUCUGCCGUGUAGCCUUCUCCUCCUUCUCUGUACGUCCAAACCCUCUCCUUAUUUCCCAUGUAUUAUUGGUGCUCUCGUUUUUCUGGACUCAACAUGGCGGAGGAAAUUCCCUCGUCAUCCGUGACAUUCAACAUCUCGCCCUCUACUGAUGAUUUGCUCAGCGCUCUCCAAAACUUGGCAUUGGAAAUUCGCACAACUCGGCAGGAGCAUCUCGCUUUAGCGCAGCGUGUUGAUCAAGGCUUCGCAACCAUAUUGGACGCACGACAGCCUACCACUCCCCAUAACCGUGGUAUCUUGGGAAACACGCCAACAAGAGGUCGCCGGCCUCCCCUUAUUCCGCCUGGGUUUCCGGGCCAUGACGAAACCCACGAACGAGGUAUGCCGAAAGUACGUUUUGAUGCACCCAAAUUUAAUGGCCAGGAUUCCGCAGGUUGGAUUUACAAAGUGCAGUCCUACUUUGAUUACUUUCGGACCCCCGAGGACCUCCGUCUGCGGCUGGUUGGUUUGCUAUUCGAGAAUCCCGCGUCCGAUUGGUUUCUUUACCAACAUAAUAAUCACCUUAUUACAUCUUGGCGGGGUUUUCUUGAAGCCGUUAAGCAACGUUUUGAUCCGACGCAUUAUGAGGAUUACAUGGGCCUUUUAUGCAAAUUACAACAACGUACGUCCGUUUUGGAUUAUCAAGCGGAAUUUGAGCGGCUUUUGAACAAGAUUACAGGGGUUCCGGAAGUCACAUUGAUCUCCGUUUUUACUGCCGGGUUGAAGGUCCCCAUUCGCCGCGAGGUUCUUCUUUGCCGACCUUAUACGUUGGGCCAGGCUUUUGCCCUUGGCAGAGAACUAGCCGCAAAUCACUCCGACAUGGUUUCCGCCAUAUCCACAUCGGCCCGUCGCCCAUGGCAGUCACUCACUGCGCCUUCCAGUACCAACCCACCUGCACAGCCCCAGGGUUCUUCCACGGUACUUCCUGCCAGUGGGGCUAUGGCCGCUCGUUCUUCUGGUUCCUCCCUGUCUUUGCCUAUCAGGAGAUUCAAUAAUGCUGCGCGGGAUGAACGGACGGCCAAAGGAUUGUGUUGGACUUGUGAUGAAAAAUAUGUCCCAGGCCACAAAUGUCCCAACCGUUUCAUGGCCCUCAUCGGUGAGGAGGAGGGAGAUUGGUCAUCCGCAACCGAGUUUCCCGUGGAUGAGGAGCUUUCAUUGAUUACAGGGGAUAUUUCUAGCAUCAAUAGUUUAACCGGGUGCCCCAGUCCGCGUGCCUUGAAACUGCAGGGGCAAAUUCAGGAACAUCUGGUGCAGAUUUUGAUCGACGGUGGGAGUACACAUAAUUUUAUCCGCCCGGCAAUCGUGGAGCAGUUGCGGUUAUCCAUGCGUUCCACGCCGCUGGUUCGCGUGUAUGUGGGCAACAGUGCCUCCCUCCCAUCCACCCACCAUUAUGUGGCCAUUCCAUUGACUUUGCAAGACCUCUCUCUUGUCGUUGAUUUAUUUGUGCUUGAUAUUCAUGGCCCCGAUGUCGUGCUUGGCGUACAGUGGCUGCAAAGUUUGGGAAAGAUCGCCCAUGACUACACCGCCUUAACUAUGGACUUUGUUUUUAACGGUCGUCCGGUGACUCUUCGGGGGGAUACCCCCGACAGCACGCAAGUUUCUUAUCAUGGAUUACAAGCCUUUGCGACCUUGGAGGAUCAUGUUGGCCAUCUGGAUUCGACACUUCGUACUUUAGCACAACAGCACUUCUUCGUCAAGAUGUCCAAGUGUUCUUUUGGCCGCCAGACUGUGGAGUAUUUGGGCCAUCUGGUAUUGGGAGGGGCACUUCGAGCCGAUCCUAGUAAGCUUGAAGCAAUGACCGCGUGGCCCACCCCGAAAACCCCUCAGCAGUUACUGGGAUUCCUAGGGCUCACUGGGUAUUACCGGCGCUUCACUCAUUUUAAUGAUACAUUCAUUGUGGAGACCGAUGCCUCCGACGAGGGUAUCAGCGGGGUUCUUAUGCAACAAGGGCAUCCUCUUGCAUUUUUUAGCAAACGAUUGGGUCCUUGUUGUCGCCUAGCAUCUGCCUACCACCGCGAACUGUAUGCGAUUGUGGAAUUCGUGCAUAAGUGGCGGCAGUAUUUACUUGGUCGGGAAUUCAUCAUCCGGACGGAUCAACGGAGCUUAAAGGAAUUACUUUUUCAGGUUGUUCAAACACCCGACCAGCAGUACUAUCUUCGCAAGUUAAUGGGUUUCAAAUUCCACAUCGAAUAUAAAUCGGGGGCAACCAAUCGCGCGGCCGAUGCUCUCUCGCGCUGGGAGGAAGCCGACAGUACGGCCGGGGAGUUGUUCCAGAUGUAUGCUCAGCCCCUUCCAGAUGUUCUCCAUGACAUCACGAAGGAAAAUGGGGAGCUGCCAGACCUGGUCGCCAUGCACAGAGCCGCGACCGAGGGGUCCUUACCCGCGCCGUAUAGUAUUCACGUCGUGGGUAGUAGCAAGGUGCAGCGAGUAGAUGAGUUACUCACUGAAUGGGAGGGCCUUAUUUCUGACCUGAAGCGGAACCUGACUGCCAUGCAGCAACGGAUGGCCGCCCAAGCUAACAGCCACCGUCGCCACAUUGAAUAUCAAGUCGGAGACCAAGUUCUUCUCAAGCUUCAACCUCAUCGGCAACACUCAAUCGCCCGCCCACAGCCCGCCAAGUUAGCUUGCCGAUAUUAUGGGCCGUUCUCCAUCCUUGAGCGUGUUGGCAGUGUUGCUUAUAAACUGGAAUUGCCACCGGAUUCUCGCAUCCACAAUGUUUUUCACGUCUCUUUACUACGACCUUUCGUGGCCGGUGCACACCACCCUCCUCUGGCUACUUUACGGCGGGACUGCCAAAAUGGUGCCCCACUGUCGGUCCCGACACGGGCCAUCUCGAUAUGCACGAUUCUUCAACAAGGCACACCUACGGAGCAAUGGUUGGUUGUUUGGUCAGAUGAGGAUGCGGCUAGUGCAACCUGGGAACCCGUACUGUCAAUCUGACGCGCUUACCCGGACCUCGUCCUUGAGGACAAGGACGUUUUUGAAGGGGGGGGGGGGGUAAUUGAUACGGCAUCUAUUACGGAGGAGUCCCCAGAGCUUGGGGAAGCGAACCGGUCCAAUAGCAUUACAAUGGAGCACAAUCUUAGACGUUCCGGGCGAACGGUUAAACCACCAGCCCGUUUUAAAGACUUUAUUUAAUUUACUACUUUAUCUCAUAUUAUUGAUGUACUUUUAGAUUUUCCUAGGUGAGUGGAAUUAUAACACUCCUUCGAGGGUUUCUUUACGGUUCUUUACCUCGUCGCUUUUCUUGAACCGUCAGGUUAGACAACAUAGAUUAAUUAGGGUUUUUGGACUUCUCUAACUCUAUAUAAAGAGAUGUUCCCAUA